AUGAGUGGAGCUGGCCGCAAGAGUGGGUACCGCAAGGGCGUGACUCAGGACGUCCUGUACGGCGAGCCCGAGCCCGAGGCCGGCGAGGUCAUCGUGCAGUACCGCAAGCUCAUUUGGAUCCGCCGCGGCGACUUUCUCAUCGUCUCGGGUGCGGACGACGACAAGAAGGGCGCGGUCAAUUUCUCGGUCGAGCACAUUUUGUACAAGGACCAGAUCAAGAACCUCAAGGCCAAGGACCUCUGGCCCGACGUCUUUGUCGAGGACGAGACCAAGCGUGAGUACGACGAGUCGCUGAGCGCGCUCACGGACAAGGUCGCCGACGUCUCGAUGGGCAGCGGCAAGGUCGACAAGUUUGGCAACACGAUCGAAGGCGCGGCCGACGACGAGAGCGAAGAGGCCGACGAUUCGGAGAGCGACAACGAUGACGACCUCAUGUUUGUGAACCGCAACCGCAUGGGCGGGCACUACGCGCACGUCGAAGACAGCGACGAGAGCAGCAGCGACGAGGAAUAA